AUCGUGCCCGCGGCUGGUGUGAUCAGCAGCAGCAGAACCAGGUGGAGCAGAACCAGGAGGAGCAGAUGGAUGAAGAAUGACACCACGUGCAGGACGGGUUGAUUGGGCCUCGUCUGCGGCAUAUUUACCUCGCUGCUUUAGCGGAGCUACAUGAGCAGGAGGUCGGGUCUCGGUCCGGCACGAACCUCGCUCAACCACCUCUGCCCCGUUACCGAUCCGCCCGCAGGAGCUCAGCCGGCACACCGGGACACAUAAAUGGUGGAGGCCGUGGUGGAGUUCGACUAUGAGGCCCAGCAGGACGACGAGUUGAGCCUGACGGUGGGCGACAUCAUCGUGAACGUGCGGCGGGACGACGGAGGAUGGUGGGAGGGCGAGCUGGGCGGGCGAAAGGGCCUGUUCCCGGAUAACUUCGUCAGGGAGAUCAAGAAAGAGGGAAAGAGGGACAGAGGACAGGCGAGCAUGAGCCGACCGGACCUCUCCAACGGGAGGGCCAGCCCCGUGUCCGACACCAGCGUGCGGUCGGGCCGCAAAGCGGAGCAGAUCCGUAAGCGUAGAUGUAAAGCGGCGUUCAGCUACGCGCCUCAGCAUGAAGACGAGCUCGAGCUGAAAAUCGGCGACGUCAUCGAGAUCAUAUCGGAGGUCGAGGAGGGCUGGUGGGAAGGAUUCGUCAACGGGAAGACCGGAAUGUUCCCUUCCAACUUCACCAAAGUCAUCCAGACGGAGUCGGAAACGUCCUCCUUGAACACAUCGCAGGAGGAGCUGCGCAGCGGGCGCACCAGCAAAGACAGCCCAGGCAGUGAAAGCGAUGGAGGGGACAGUCGCUCAGAAACGGGGUCGGUGGAAGUCCAGCCCAAGAAGGUCCGAGGGUUUGGCUUUGGCGACAUCUUCAAAGACCAGCCCAUCAGGCUCAGACCACGCUCCAUGGAAGUGGACCCAGAGGGGGACAAGGUCAACGACGGGAUAGCGGCGAGCGUUCCCCCGGAAACCAUGAAGACCGAACCUGACGGUAAAGCCAAAGGUCGGGAGGUGUGUAAAGUCCUCUUUCCGUAUGAAGCCCAAAACGAAGACGAGCUGUCUCUAAAAGAGGGAGAAAUCGUCAACAUCAUCACAAAGGAGUGUCCCGACGCCGGCUGGUGGAAGGGGGAGAUCGGGGGACGGAAAGGUGUCUUCCCAGACAACUUUGUCAAGCUGCUAGACGUGGAUAAAGAGAGACCAAAGAAACCGCCUCCUCCCUGUGCACCUUCGGCUAAGCACACCGCAGAGCGAAGGUCGGAGGUCAAGAAGGUUCCUCCCGAGCGACCCGAUCACCUGCCACAGAGAGACCAGGAUCGAGGUGAAGAUGUGAAGCUUGGAGACAUCCCAAAGCCCUUCCUCCCAUCUACCCAUCCCAAGAAACCCCACCCCCCCAAAGGCACCUCCUCUUCCUCACAACCCCCUCGGCGUCCCGAGAGACCGCCAAGUCUGGCGUGCGAAAGCCCCAAGUCAGAGGGCGGGGCUUCGACACCAGAUUCUGCCCCUGACAGGUCAAAUGACGCUGACGUGGACCUCGACGUCGUGGUGGCGACCACAGAGAAGCUGAGUCACCCGACGGCGUCGCGGCCGAGGGUGACGGACCGCCGGCCUCGAUCGCAGAUCAUCUCGGCAUCCUCCCUGUCCAGCAUCGACCUGGACUCCCCGGCAGCGAUGGACAGGAAGGAGAGGCAGGAGCCCGAGUCCGUGCCCAGCAGACCCGGAGACGUUUCCGCGAGGAAAGGGGUCCCCGCUGUCCCUGUACCUGAGGGUAAAGCACCGCCGCCCACCAAGCCCUCCACCCUGACCCCGCCCAGCGCCAGCCACCGCCCCUCGUCCCCCCCCUCGGGUCUGAGCCCCUCCCCCGAGCUAAGGCAUUCACCUCUGACCCCCCCGACUCUGGAGGAACUCAGGAGGCAGCUGAGGGACCUGAGGUCUUCCGUAGAACAGCUGAAGAGCCAGCACAAGAAAGAGAUGAAACAGUUGAACAGCGCGCUGGAUGACGAGCGCAGGAUUCGUAUCAGUUUACAGAUGGAAGUAGAAGUAGAGGACAUAAAGAAGAGCAUGUCGAAGUGAAGACUAAAGCAUCCUCGUCGAAGGCCAACAUUUAAAAACAUUCUCCCUGUCGGCCAAAACAAAGUUUGUGCCAAAUGAUGGUCAUGAGCAUCAGCAACAAUACCGUACCCCCCCCACCCUGACGUCGCCUUAUCCAGCGUUUACUUAUUUGUUCUCAUUUUUAAGAGGCCUCUCUUGUGACGUUUACUGCCAUCUCGUAAAAGCUCGCCGCGCCGCCGGCGCUGUCACUGGCCGCGUGUUGCCGUGGUGAUGGAAAGAUGACCCAGAGGCUGCCGUGGCGACCCCGCUGGUUCUUGAGCCUAAAGGAGACCCAAACUUCCUAGUCUGUGUCCACUCUGCGGCCUUCACCUCUUCACUGUGUGUGUGUGUAUGUGUGUGUGAGAGAGUGUUUUUGCAUGCACGUGGGGACUUGCAGUCAGAUUUGGGGACAUCUUCAAAGUCUUUAGGUCUCCUCGUUAACAUCAGGGUUGGAUUGUCUCACACAUUGAGCUUGAUGUUUCUAUGGUACACUGCAGGCGGAGGAUUUUUUUGUCAUGAACAGCCCAAACCUUUUUCUUCUUGAUGUCAUGACUUUAACAGUAGUCCAAUAUUCCGCCUGUUGGUAAAGGCUAAAACUAUAAGCACAGGAGUCUUCCCACCCCCCCCCCCCCCCUUAUCAGUUGAAUUUAGUCUUUCCAACACCACAGCAGCUGAUACUACAGGUGCUAAUUAAAGGAAUAGUCUUGUCACAGCUUAUUCACAUGAUUUGAUGAGCAAAUCAAUGCCGAUCUAGUAUUCCUUUAACCGAAUCUACAACCGCCCUGUAAUGUUUGGCUGUGAUGUCACUGCAUGGACACCUGUAUUUAUUACCCUUCAGGUGUGGAGUGUUGCCUUCUGGACCAAAAAGAACAAUUUCACCUUGUUUUGCACUUCAUUUGCGCCACAAUUCCAGAAAUCUAAAUGAAACCGCUGUGCUGGUCGCACCCCCCCCCCCCCCCCCUCCCUCAAUGAAAAAUCUAAGAUGGAAUGUUGUCAGAGAAAGGACCUCACAGGUCAGGUGUGUGCAAGAGAGAAUGUGGUAGCAUGUCCCUUCCUUAAAUGUGCACAGAAUCUAUGGCAACCCGUCACUGUGGCCUUCCUGCUCUCGACUCCAAAUCGUUCGUUUUCUCACUUUUUUUUCUUUUUUUUUUCGUACGACAACAAGAAAAAUGCUACAACUGAGUCUGCAAGUUGUUCUUUUGACUCUGUCCUUUCUCUCCGGGAUGGUGAUAAAUAUAUACUUUUAUAUUUCAGUGUAAUAAAGAUGCUAUUAUGUACUGUA